GGGCGGCGCGAAAGGCUUCGGAGAGUGCCAGCCGUCGAGGAAGUCACCUGCUCCCCAAGCUCCUCCCCCCUUCGCCCGCCCAGCCGGCCGGACCCGGCAGCUGGGGCAAAGGCGGGUUGAGUCGCCCGCUGGCGGAAGAGCGGGGCCAGGGCAGGGCGCUCCAGCUAGCUUGCUCCGGAUUAGCCGCGGCUCCCCUCUUGUCUCACCGCGCGCCAAGGAGCCAGGGCGUCAUGACUCCAUUAAUGAAGUCCGCGGGCGGGAGUUGCAGCGGGGACUGGGCUGGCCUCUCCAAGCCUUCGCUCGCCUCCUCCGCCGCCGCCUCCUUUUCUCCCACCGUGGCUCCCUUCGCGCGCUCCGCUUCUGGUCACUGGGACUGAUGAAUGAAUCAUGAGGUUGCUGCUGCUGCUGCUAAUGCAUUUAUCUGGGGCAGCCUGUACCGCAGCUCGCCGCCGGAACGUUGUGGGGUGAAGCGGGAGAGCUGCCCGCCUGCCUCGGGUCCUCCUCCUCCCGACACCUUGCGAGCCCGACCCUCUUCGCUUGCCUGCCGGAGGGGUGCACAGCCUGCUGCCGGAGAACCGCCGCUCUUCAUGGCUGCUCGGGAGGUCUUAUUACAUAUUAAAAGAAACAUUACUGCAAGGGGGAACAUAAACACUUGUAACAGUACAGCUGCUGGAAGAGCUGUCGGUCAUUUCAGCGUGUUCCUAACAACUGCUGCUUUCUAAGUCCAGAUCUUCUAAAUUUACAUCUAUUCAGUGUGUGGAAAGGAGAACCGGUUCAUAGAAAACUGCUGCAACCAUUGUGCGACCAAUUCAUACAUUUUCAGCCAGUGUUGCACAGCCAUCUUGAGAUGCUUGAGAAAUCAAUUGCUGCUUUGGCCCCUGUCCUGUCGGCCACCUCUUUAGGAGGUUAUGUGCUCAUAGCUCCAUCAGCCAAGCACAACGGCAUUUUGCACUGAUCAUUCCUUCAUCUCCACAUGGCCUUUUUACUUGUGUCAUCAUACCUUCUCCUGACUCAUGCUCAUGGUGCUCCAUCUGAGAAUGGGGCUCUCAUGGAGACACUGAAGGCCCAAGUCAUGUUAUUUAGCAAUAAAAGUGAACACUAUUCGGCACAAGUGAGACCUCCUGGAACAAACAGACGAAUACCUCAGACAAUCAUCAUUGGAGUUCGUAAAGGAGGGACCAGGGCAUUACUUGAAAUGUUGGAUGUUCACCCAAACAUUGUGGUAGCAGCUACUGAAGUUCACUUUUUUGACUGGGAUGAGAAUUAUGUGAAGGGAAUAGACUGGUAUAGGAGCCUGAUGCCAUUUUCAUAUGAAAAUCAAAUAACCAUUGAGAAAACACCAGGCUAUUUUACUUCGCCACAGGCUCCCGAAAGGAUUCAUGAUAUGAAUAGCUCUAUUAAGCUACUGCUUAUUCUGAGAGACCCCACAGAGAGAGUUAUCUCUGAUUAUACCCAAGUCUAUUACAAUAGACUAGAAAGUCACAAGCCUGUGCAGCUCUUUGAAGACAUUGUUAUUAAAAAUGGAGCACUUAAUACCAAAUACAAGGCUAUCCAGAGAAGCCUGUAUGACAUCCAUAUGGAGAAGUGGCUUAAACACUUCAGUUUGGAUCAAAUUCACAUUGUAGACGGCAAUACUUUAAUCAAGGACCCUCUUCCUGAAUUACAAAAAGUGGAAAGAUUUCUUAAUCUGCCUUCCAGAAUCAUGUCUUCAAAUUUUUAUUUUAAUCAGACCAAGGGGUUCUACUGCAUUCGGAGUGAUGGAAGAGAGCGAUGUUUACAUGAAUCAAAAGGACGCCCGCAUCCUGUGGUGAACAGUACUGUUUUAGAGCAACUUUGCUCCUAUUUCAGAGAGCACAAUGCAAAAUUUUACAAAAUGAUUAAUCAUUCUUUUGACUGGUAUUAGCAAUUUUUUUGGAAGAAAGGGUUUUUUUUAAAUGUCCUGUGAUGAACUAUUUUCAAGCACUUCCUGACAAACUCUGGGUUGCAUUCACCCUGACAUGAAGACCGCAGUUUGCAUUUCUGUGGUUUCACACUAGGAGUCUAUUGCAUUAGUGGAAGGUACUCAUUAGUGUAAGGGGGAAGUAGCAGUGGCUUUUAACUACUGUAAUGAACUCGAUUGCCUCCGUGCAAGUCCACCAGUUUCAGUGGAGUUGUUUCAGAUUUACACUUGUAUAGCCAAACUGACUUAUUUGUCUCUUUUUAUUCAGAUUUAUGAACAAAUAGAGUUUCACAGAAAUCCAUUGCUCUAACUGAUGUUUUAACAAAAAAAAAUGUAGGUGAAACCCUUUGGGUUUUGUUGGUUGCUUUUUAUUUUUCUAUCUGACUCAAUUAACACUGGGAUUGAUCUCUAGAAAUUUCAUAUAGUAAAAUAAUUAUAUAUUAGAAGAAGAAAAGUAUUGAAAUGGGUCCAUUUAAUAAUUAGGAAAUUUUUUGUGUGGAAUAAUGCUUGUAAAGUGUUACCACACUUCAGUGAGUUUCAGGUCUGAUUACAAUUUGACAUUAGCUUUCUGUUAAAGUUCCCUUUCUAUAUAAGUUCUUUCAGGGGUUUGACACACAUGUAUUACGCAAAUGGUCAUAAAACCACUUAACCCAACUAAACAGAUGUUAAGUGUGCCAUAUUUCCAGGGCAAACGUACUUGGCUCUAAAAAUAAUCCCCUUUUAUGCAGUAGACAUCAACAGUUACACAAGUGUCCAUUUAAUCACAUAAUCUAUGAACUACUUAUUUAAGAAAUACCCUUUGUCAAUAGACAAUUCUUAGUCUUGUUUGUAUUUUGUAACCAGUUGUUCCAUUGUUUAUAUAAUUAAUUUGGCAUAAAGAUUACUGCAAAGAAAGGAAAAAAGGGAAAUUUACUUGCCUGCUCUCCAAAGUGUGGAGUUAACUUUUGUAAUAUCUAUUUGCAGAUCAUAAGGUGUACUCAGAGUGCAAAGUCAUGUGGAAUUGUAUACUAUACACACAAUAUUCAAAAUAUCACGUAUAGGUUUCCGAUUUAUUUAUAAAACUGUAAAUCUAAAUGGAUGCUUUAGGGUAUGUUUAUUUAUAAUAUAUUUUUACCGGACAAUGUAA